ACAAAGACUACAAAUACAUCUCAUUAGCGGGGCAUAGACGUCGAAACUCGGUGAAUAUAAGAGGUUGAGGACGACGAUCUGGCACCCUUGUACGAGAUUUGUUUAUCGAGAGAGACAAAGCAGAAGAAGAAGAAAAGCGCUUGGAAUGAGUGUUGAAAGGUGUCUGUCUGUCUUUACUCUGUCCAGGGAAUGAAAAAUGUGACCCUGAAACCUGGACUAUGAUGACCCAGUCUGAGUGCCGUGCCAAGAAGUACUAGCCGCAGUUGCUGAUCAUCUGUCGACAAAGCUCGGAAAUGCUCGCUCCCUUCUCCUGGCUCUGAUAAUGACAUGCGGAAAGUGGUCAUUCGAGGCACAUCUGACAGUGUUACGAAAAACGCUGUCACUAAAAUGACAUAAGGGGCUUAUAAAGGAGAAAGGGCCCGGCAAAGAAUGAUGUGUGGUGCUGUAUUCUCUCGGUCAGAAACUCGAAAAUAUGACUAGAGUGCCAAACCUUUGUGUCAUCAGCCGCCUGCAGGACCAAGACGCUCUCUGGCAGGAGGAGAUCCAGACAGUCCCCGACCCACUGAGUCCACAGAGCAAAGUCCUCGCCUGAAGUGUUGGUGCAGUGUGGCAGCCAACCCAGUGCUCCCAUCCUACUCCUCCUCCUUGUCCUUGUCCUCAUCUUUCUCUCCUCUCUCUUGUAGCUCCUCCUCGUCUUCCUCCUCUUUAUCUAACGCCCCAUCCCCACCCACUUCCUCCUGCCUUUCCUCAUCCUCUCACUCCUCCUCUUUAUCUUUUGCAUCCUCUUCCUCCUCUUCCUUCUCCUCUUCUUCCUUCUCUUUAUCCUCCUCCUCCUCCUCCUCCGCCACCUCCUCCAAGCCCUGGCUUCCUUCACACUGCUUCCUUACAGCCCAACAAAUGUUUGAUUGGGAGGAAGGGGAUCGGUUUUCUUUUGAGGACUCUGAGCGCUUUGAAGAGGACUCACUAUGUAGCUGGAUCAGUGAGCCGGAGUCCCUCUGUAACAACUGGAGGGGGUGGAAGCGCUCAGAAAAGAUUGCCUCCCUCCUCUAUGGCCGAACCAGAGACCAAGAUGGGGGUGUGCACACCCUCACGGAGAUGUGUGCACGCACGGUGGCGGCGCACAUCCCCUUUGAGGUGGUGGAGCAGAUGAUGCCGCCUGUCCCUGAGCAGCUGCAGCUCCUCAUCGCCUUCUGGAGCUUCCCUGAGAAUGAGGAAGACAUCCGCCUCUACAGCUGCCUGGCCAACGGCAAUGCUGAUGAGUUCCUGCGUGGAGAGAACCACUACAAGCACAAGAGUGUUCAUGACCCUCUGCAGAUUGGGUUCCACCUGAGUGCCACCGUGGUCGUGUCGUCCUCGGGCACCAAGGGCCAGUUCAAUGUGGCUGUCACCUUUGACCGAGGGCGCAUCACCACCUGCAACUGCACCUGCUCUGCCAACGCCUCCUGGUGCUCCCAUGUGGUGGCCGUCUGCCUGCACAGGAUACACCAGCCAAGUCAGGUCAAGCUGCGGGCCCCUGUCAGUGAGUCGCUGUCACGCCUGCAGAGGGACCAGCUUCAGAAGUUCGCCCAGUAUCUCAUCAGUGAGUUGCCGCAGCAGAUCUUGCCCACUGCUCAACGCCUCAUCGAUGAAAUCCUCUCUAGUCAAACAUCUGACAUCAACACGGUGUCGGGAGCCCCGGACCCCACAGCCGGCGGGUCAGCCAAUGAGCAGAUGGCCUGGUGGCUGGAUGAGAGCAACCUGCACGAGAACAUCCACAAGAUUCUGGUCAAGUUCUGUGUCCCGUCACCCAUCGUCUUCAGUGAUGUCAAUUACCUGAGCUCGACCGCACCCCCAGUGGCCGCCGAGUGGGCCUCUCUGCUGCGCCCACUGAGGGGGAGGGAACCCGAGGGCAUGUGGAACCUCCUCUCCAUCGUGCGGGAAAUGUUCAAAAGGAAUGACCGCAACUCCAUCCCCCUGCUGGAGAUCAUCACGGAAGAGUGCCUGGCCACGGAGAAGAUCCUGGUGUGGUGGGUCAACACCAAGGUGGCCCUGCACAUGGGCAGCUCUGGCCACGGCGGCAAAAACAACAUGAACUCCAACAGCCACGGCAGCCAAUACGCCUGCUCCUCCCUGUGCGACGAGAUCGUGGUUCUGUGGCGGCUGGCAGCACUCAACCCGGCACUGUCCCCUCAGGAACGGGAGCAACUCAUCGUGCAAUUCAAGACAUGGCACCUCAAGGUGUUGGAGAAGGUGGCCAAAAGCAAAGAAGCAAGCAGCAGCAGCGGUGGUGGCAGCAGCAGCAAGCGUGUGACGGACGGGGACGUGUUCCCUGGGUUCAAGCCGUCCCUGGAGGCGUGUCAGCUGGACUGGAGCGACUACCCCCUGCCAGGCGUCACCUACUCCCGCACUGCCUCCCGCUACUACUGCCCUGUCAUGUGUUUCCGCCACGACUCUCGACAUGAGUCCCAGGCAGCCCCCAUCUCUGCCCCACACCCCCGCAACCCCACCUCCCACGCUGGACCAAAGCGGCCCUCUGAACGCCGGGUGCUGAUUAGCCCCGGCCACCCAGGGGACCCUGAGGGGCAGGUAGCCGGGGCACCCCUGGCUGGAGCGAGGCACAGUGGCCACCGCAGUAGCAGCGUCAGCAGUGAAGGGUUCUGUGACCACGAUGCUGGAAGGGACAGUGACUCUCCCCCAGAACGCUCCCCCGAGGCGGACUCAGGCCAGGUGUCACGGCAGAGCUCUCGGGAGGAGAGGUCAGUGCCAGUGCCGGGCCUGGCUGCCACGCUGGGUCGAAGCAGAGAGGACAGGGACAAAUCCUCCCCUGAUGAUGGUGGCGUGGAGUCUGAUUGGUCUGGUGUGGCUGAGCCGGCGCGGCCCCAGAGGAGUCGGGGCGGCAGCCGAGGCCAGAGGGGCAGGGACGUCCACGGCCCUGAUGAGUAUGACGUGUAUCUGUACAACGCCAGCCAGGUUGAGGGAGGCGGGGCAGGGCCUGAAGGGUCCAGCUGCCGGGGGGCUGAGAUCUUUGGCAACCUGAAGAAGCUGGAAGACCCACUGGAGAUCCUGUUUGCCCGAGCAGAGGGGCUGCAUGCCCAUGGCCACCUCCAGGAGGCAUCUGGGCUGGCUGUGCAGCUGUCCCACGAGCUGCUGGCCAACCCUCCCAACUUGAUGGUGGACCUGCCGCCGCCCCCUAGCAAGGGCAAGCGCAAGAAGGUGAACCCAGCCUCCCACCACCUGACCUGCCUUGCCUCAGCCACCCUGGGUAAAUGUGCCUUCCUCUGCACCGUGCUGGCAGAGAACCCAGAACACACUCACCUGGCCUUCCAGGUGGCUAUGUUUGGCCUGGAGAUGGCCCGCCCUCCAGCCUCUACAAAGCCCCUGGAGGUCAAGUUAGCCAACCAGGAGAGUGACCUGGUGGCUCUGCUGAAGCGGCUGCCCCUGGGCCCCAUGGAGCUGGCUGUCAUCAGAGAUAAGGCGGAGAAGAUGCGCCUGGGGGCCCUCAAGAGUCGAGGGGAGGCACUCCUUCCCCUCAUGCUGGCCUCAUUCCUCUUUGAUGCUCUUGUUAUUGCAGGAACAGCUAAGAGUGCGGUGGGGGGGCAGAGCUACCGCCAGCCCCAGGAUGAGGCUCUCGGCUUUGAUGCAGCGGUGGCAGCCAUCGGCAUGAAGGCCAAUGUGUGUGAGGCUGACCACCCGCUGCUUUGUGAGGCCACCAGGAGACAGAGAGGUGAGUUGGCUUUGACAUUGUUGACCCACUACAAGGAUGACCAGGACCGCCUUGCUCGCAUCAUGGACAAACUGCUCGACAAGGAAGUCCACCAGAUGUACAAAGCUCCCUCCCUGCCCACUUACUACAUCAACAAUGCCCCGUCCCAGACUAGCAGCAGCAGCAUUGCCGAGUGUGAGCCUCCCAGUGGCCUGAGAGUGGCCGACUCCCCUGGUGGUGGUGCAGUGACUGGUGGGGCUGUGGUCAACGUCACUCCUCUAGCCGCCCUGCAGGGGGUGCAUCUGGGAGCUCCUGUGGGGCACCCCAGCCAGGCAGGGACAGGAGGUCACCAGCAGUCAGCCCAGCAGAGCGCGCCACGGCCCCACCCCGCAGUGGCCUCAGGACCAGAGGUGGAGGCCUCCAUGGCUCGCCUCAACCUCUCCCCACCCCAGCCUCUUGGAGGAGCCCGAUCUAAGGAUGGGCCGCCCCCAAGGUUCCUGGAGGGGGAGGAAGGGGAAAGUCCCAGCUGGGAGGAGGACUACAAGGCUUGGGAGGAGAAGUGUGUGGUAGGGAAGCAGCGCAAGAAGAGAGCACCAGCCUGUGCCCUGGAAACUACCUCAUCGGGUGUGGAAGCCUGGAUCAAGUCAACGGGGCCGGGAUCAGACUCCGGCUCUUCGGCCAACUCCUCAGACAGCAUCGGAUCCUUCUCUAGUGGGGACAAGAUUGCUGGCCUGGAGCGACAUUUGAAAUUUGGAGCGCACGGCGAUCCCGGAUACGGCGCGGGGCGCUGCUUUGGCCCAGCCAUAGCCAAUAAACCUGUCGAGUCCCCACCGCUGGGCUUCCCUUUGGUGCGCCCGGUGCCUCAGCCCACCCCAGAGAGCACCACCACUCAGCCCAGGCCUCAGCCUACCUAUGGGAAAGGGGUGCGCUUCAAGGGAAAGCGAGCCUACCCCACGGUGCCCAACCAGCCUUCGGAGGCCAGCGCGUACUUCAUGUUUGAGUUGGCCAAGACGGUCCUCAACAGAGCUGGAGGGAACAGCAGCACCUCACUCUUCACACAGGCCAGCAGCUCCCAGAAUCACAGGGGCCCACACAGACCCCUCCACAUGUGUGCGUUCCAGAUCGGCCUGUAUGCCCUGGGCCUCCACAACUGUGUCAGCCCCAACUGGCUCUCCAGAACCUAUUCCUCCCACGUGUCCUGGAUAACAAGCCAAGCUGUUGAGAUAGGAUCCUCGGCUGUCUCCUUCCUUAUUGACACGUGGGAGGGCCACCUGACCCCCCAGGAAGCAGCUUCUAUAUCUGACCGAGCCUCCAGGGGCCGUGAUGCCCUCACCAUCAGGGAGGCAGCCAAGCUGGCCCUCUCCUGCCUGCCCCAUUCCCACGCCCUCAACCCCAAUGAAAUACAGAGGGCCAUCAUUCAGUGCAAGGAGCAGAGUGAUGCCAUGCUGGAGAAGGCUUGUCUGGCAGUAGAGGGUGCGGCCAAGGGUGGCGGGGUGUACCCAGAGGUGUUGUUCUCGGUGGCACGUCGCUGGUACGAGAUUUACGAGGCUCGUACUCGCCACCAGGCCCGCCACCAGGCCAGGGCCGGUGGCAGCCAGCACGUGGCCGUUGAGCCGCCAUUUGUUGAUGCAGCAGGGGCGGCCCAUGACCUGCCACUGCCUCUGAUCCCACCCCUCAACCCUCCCACACCACCCACUCAGCAGCAGCAGCAGCAACAACAACAGCAGCAGCAGCAGCAACAGCAACAACAGCAACAGCAGCAGCAACAACAGCAGCCUCAGCCAGCCGUUGCACCGUUAGAACAGCAGGCACAGCCAGCGCUCCAUCCUCCUGUCUCGGUUGGAGUGAAUGGCAACGGGAGUGCCGGUGCCCUGGUGGGGAUGACUGGGUACCCUGUAGCAGCCACGGCACCCUCAGUCCCCUACGGGCUUCCAGGCAUCCCUUACCCUCUUGGCUAUAACUACAUUUCCGGUCUCACCACCAGUGUAUCCUGCAUCAACCCACAGAUGCCCAUGCAGGUGAGGAUGUCCACAGCUUCACUUCAGAUGUAUAUUCAGCCACCGGGGGUUUCCUUCAGUGGUACCCAAGGGGUAUCCCAGCCUCUCCUGCCUCCCCCACCCCUGCAGUAUUAUCCUCCUGUGUCCAUACCUUCCACCCUUCCCCAGAAUGGCCUGGCAGGUAGCGGUGGCCUGGCAGGGCCCGUGCCGGGGGGCAUCAAUGCAGGGAACGGGAAUCAGCCUCCGCCGCCCCUCAAUGUUGGGCCGCCACCGCUCUCUCAGCAGCCGGCUCUCCUGCCCGGCAACACUCCUCCGGCACAGGGCUUCUUCUCCCUGCCUUACUCUGGGGCAGUGGGAAGUGGGGGAGUCUCCACAGCUCCCUUCAUGACUGGCCCACAGGCAGGGGCUCUACUAUCCUGGGUGAGGGCUCAGGGCCCCCACUUAGUACAACAUUCACCUCACCAGGCCCAGCUCCCCCCUCGGCCCACCUCACAACCCCAACAACAGGUGAGUGGCUUGGUAGGAGGACAGCAGGUGACCAACACUGGCUCCAUGCACUACCUGCUCAGCUCCUACCGUGUUGGCAUGCUUGCACUGGAGACCUUGGCCAGGAGAGUUCACGAUGACCGGCCUCAAGCCAAGUAUGCACGGAACCCCCCCUAUGGCGAGGAUGUCAAGUGGCUACUGGGGGUAGCCAAGAAGCUAGGCCAGCAGUACCUCCACCAGUUCUGCAUGUGUGCUGUGAACAGUGUGGUGUCCCCCUUCGUGCUGCAAGAACUGGCAGUUGAGGCGGCACAGUAUCUUGCCCGGCACUCUCCGGCACUGUUCCAUCAGCAACUACGGUCACCAAUCCUCCAGCCACUCGUCCAGAAGUGCCAGCAGAUGUUUCUGCAGUGCACACACCUCAAGAUGUACUACAUAACACCAACCGACUACGACGACUUCAUCUCCAUCAUCUUGGCUGCCCGCUCGGCCUACCAGAUGACUCCAGGAGGAAUGGUCCAGUUCAAUGAGUUACUACAGGCACUCAGAAGAUCCAAGUCAUGCAAGAAAGAGUUGUGGACCAGAAUCACAAAUGCCCUUCAGCAGACAACACCAGUAUGACCACAGCCUUGCCUAGGGUCUUGUGGGGAGAAUGGUGCCCUGAGGCGGGGAGGUGCAUCACCAGCGUGAGCCUCAGAAGUAGACCCUGAGUGUGUGCAUGUGUGUGUGUGGCUUUGUGAGUCUUGGUGAAGUGGUCACUUGUGCCGGACUCACCCAGAGUAUAAACAUAGCAACCGAAGAUAAGUGGAAUUAUUGUGGUAAGCAUACUAUUAAUUUAUUACUUGGAUACAUGUUUGAAAUAUAAAAAAACAUCACCAAGUCAAAGAAAAGCCAAAAUUUCCUAAGGAACAAAAAUGUGUGUGGUUUGCAGAAAGUACUCCAAUCCAAGUUCCACAUCCUUCACUGACAAGGUUGUUACGCCUGGGUUUGUGUUUUUAAGCACAUCUGCAAAUUGUUCUAGUUUAAGCAGCUAACAACCUGUGAAAGGUUGAUAAACAAGUUCCCUCUCAUGUCUUAGUACAAGACAAAGUAUCUCAGUACAGAAGCAAAAAUAAGUUCAGGGUGACUUAGUCAUUCAAAAUCUUGGUAGUUAAGGGCGUGGAACACCUUUUUUUACCUUAAUUUGAGUAUCUUCCCCGUAAUCACUAAAUUAUUGUAGUAAAAGCUAAGGGACACAUUGGUUUGUAUGUAUUUAAAGGUUAAUAUUCAGGGUUAAGAGAGCAAAGUAAGAGAGGCAGGCUUUUUAAUCUGCUCAAUGAGUUGUAACUAUGAUUUGGGAGAUUGAGAAGAUAUUUUUGAGCAUAAAUGGGUGACUAUAUAUUGCAUCAAUAUAUGUAAGCACCUCAAGAAUAUACAAAAAGCACUCAGUGGAAAACCUUAUCUUUGUCCAAGUGUAGCAUCUUGUAAUAAUAACUAUAAUAAGAGUAAGACUGUGGCACUACAAAUUGCACUUGUGUCACAGUGUAGCGGGGAGAUAAUUUUUUAUGACAUUAUAGUUGAUGGUGAACCUAAAUGUAGAUUUCAUGAGAUAAUUUCUGAGCUUGAUGAGAGUUAUGUUUCCCGUUAUUGCUGUGGAAAUAGUGGUGCCCGGUGAGCCACUUCUUCGGUCUGUAUAUAUAUAUAUUUUCCUUUUUUACAUUUGUGUUUGUGUAUGUGUAUGUAUGUUUGUAGGGAUAUGUUUACCAUAGCUGUUUUUUUAUUUUUAUUUUUUUUUAUUUAUUUAUUUUUUUUUUUUUUUGGUCUAUAAUGCUUGCCAGUCAGGGGACAAUCCUGUUUGAUCUCAUUAGUUUUGUAAAGUUUUGCCAUUUUUCCGAGAAUUUAGCUGGGAUGUUGGCAGAGUCCCGAGGCAGCUGGGAACCAAGGGUCUGUAGGGGACUGUGGGUCACUGUAGAUAUCAGUACAGCUCCCCACAUUAAAAGAAUAUGUUAGGUCACAUUACUCAUACUCUUACUUACUCAUCUUGCAUUUUAAGUGUGUCUUUGACCAUCAUUGUAUGCCAAAAUACUUAUUCCCAGUAGACUAGGUAAGGAAUGUAUUAUUUAUAUCAUAUUUGUCAUCUGUAGAAUUGAAGUAAGUUUAUUUUUAUUGAUCUCAGUAUGUUAAUUGGUCUUUAUGUCAGGAUCUACCAGUGUUUAGUGCAUAUUUUCAGUGGACCAGUCAUAGCUUUAGUACCUUUUUACCUUUGCCUAUACAUAUGACAAAACUGUUCAUUCACUUCAUAAUCUAGAGCAAUUUUUGGGAGCCACAUGUAAUGGCUGAUUGAUUGGUGUUUCCAAGCUGGCAGAGGAUUCAAACCUCAGACAGUCCUGGAUCACUGCAUAGGCAAAAGUGUGUAAACACCAGCACUAUACCAACCACACCAGAGUGACGUGGGUGGUGUUUUUAAUAAUGAUAAUAAUAAUAAUAAUAAUAUUCAAGUAUUGACUGAGUAUUGUAAUAUUCUCUGGGCUCGUUUCAAGACUAAUGGUGAUUCUUAUCAAUUCUAAAUUACUUGCAUGUUCGGGUUUUUAGUAUGGUGAUAGAAUUUAUAUUGACGUAAAUCAAUCACAUGAACAUCAAAGAACCGGCACAAAGUAGCAAAAAAAAGGAACUAACAAGAACUUGGCAGGUAGAGUUAGGGACCUGAGGUAGGGCAGGCCAGAGCUUCUUAAUUAGAGACAAUCAUUUGUGGAGGCUGAGGUCCAGCGUUGGUGCUGGAUGUCAAGCAGCUAUCAAGUCAGUGCAAGAGCUUUGGAAGGUUAGUUAUAGGCACAGAACAGAUCUGUAAGUUUGGAAUUUAUUUAGAAUUGAUUUCUACUUACUUGGUCUUUUUCAUAUAUAUUUUUAAAUGUUCCCAGUUAUUAGUGUCCAACAGAAAUUGCCUUCAUAAGGAAAUACAUGAAUACAUAUUAGGACAGUGCAAGAAUUAGUACAUAUCCCAGAAAAAAAUCAACAGGUAGAUGUUACAGUGGCAGGAACUGAAGCUUUACUUUAGACAUGAACAUUUCAGAUCUCUGACAGUGGUAGGAUAACUCACAGGUUCACUCUCGGAUAGAUUUGAGUUUCACAUACAUUAGAAAAAGCCUUCAUCUAUUGACUCAGGUUGUCUUGGUUAGAUGUAUGCUGCCCUCACUCCUUCGUUGUUUCUUUGUCAGUCAUCCUCACACUGAUGGUGUUGGGAGUGUCCUCAGCCACCUCACACUUUCUUGUCUGGAGUGUCAGGUUUUGUGAGGCAUGUGCAAGCACAGGGUGAGGGAAGCUGCCAUUGAUCAUGCCCCCAUUGUCCCCUGGCUGGCUGGUUCUUGCUGGGCCAGUAGUGUCAAUAUUUGUAAGGUUUUUGCAUUUGACAUUUAGGACUGGAUUAGCUGUCUUGUUUGACUUUUCAAUAGAAAUGAUAUGAAAGCAUUAUUUUUUCUAUAUAAAUAUGAUAGCAUACACAUUGUUGAAAGACACAUUUUAUAAAUGUGGCAUAAAUGAACACCAUGAAUGGUUUUCCAACAUUCAGGUAUUUUUUAUGUGAUAUAUACUAUUAAGAGUUUCACAUAGUGAGAUUUAAUGUCACUGAUAGAAGCAGAUGUUAGGGUUUUUUGAAUGAGCUCUGUUAGAAUCUACAAGAAAUUUGUGUAUAUUAUAGUGUAGUGGUGAGGGAGGAGACAAGCAGACUCAGGGGGCCGGGCUGAUGUGUACUCUGACCUACUUCACCAAAUUUGAUGGUAUAUUUUUUCAUUUUAUUAGCAGAAAUGAGUGCAUAAUGUGAUCACUCACUGCUAAAGGUCAUAAGUCAAAAACUGUCCUCUGCGGCUGUCAGAAUAAAGCUAAAAAGUAAAAUGUAAUCUGUCAGAAAUAUCUUUGGUAAGUUGAUGGCAGUGCUAGACCUGGUACAAGUAUUUGAGUACAAUAUAAAUCUUUUUGGCAACACUUCUUCGUUUCCAUGUGCUAGAGGCAGGCCGCGGCAGAAACACGUUGGAGGAGGGAUUUUUGUGAUUCUAUGCCAGCAAAACAAGGUGCACCGUUUUAGCUCCAAGUGCUUUUGGACCUGUGUUUGCUUGCCUCUGUCUCUGCUCUGAUGAUGAGCUUCUUGCACAUAGAUGGUAGUGUUUCUUGUGUGUUUUGCUUGUCACGGGAUUACCCGCUGACAGAUUGAUUCUCCCUCCCUAAUCAUAAUGUAAUUUAAGGCAGCAGUAUCUCUUCCGCUCAAUUAUCAGUCAUAUUUACUAAGUUCUUCGUUUUAUGGAGGAGCAGCGCAUUUCGUUGUUGGCAAAAGCCUAUCUGAAAUUAAGUUUUGGCAGUCAGUCCUCCAUGCUAAUUAUCAACCCUAGAAACUAGGGCCAUCAGUACAAGAGUGAAGACUUAAAUAUGGCUGAUAUACACAUAUAAAUACAGAUAUAAAUAAAUAAAUAUAUAUAUUAUUAUUAGUGUAAUAAGAAUUUGCUCAUUGUUUAUACCAUUUGUAGGAGUGAACUCAUGUUAGGUGGGUGUCAGUGAUGGAGUGGCCAGCUUCACUUAUGGGGAAUAAUGGCAAGUCUGCAGCUGCAUUCACUUCAAUAUUUUUAUUACACAUUAAAUUUCUUUAGGCUUUUAUCUGCCCAGUGAUUUUUUUUUCAGAUUCAGGAACUAGUCAUCUGCUGGUCAGGAUUUAAUUCAAAAUUGAUUAAUGUAUGUAGUAUAAUCCUUAAUUUAAAACUUUUGUGAGACUCGUGAGUCAGAAAGCGUAGGAGACCCGGGAGUCUGGCAUCAGUGACUAUAGUGUCUGUCGAGUGUCCUGUUUAAUUUUCGUUGGCUGGCGUGAAAAUUGUGUGUACAUAUAUAAAUAAUAUAUAUAAAUAUAGUAAUUCUAGCACUCUUGAGGUGUGUGCACUUCAGUGUAUGUUAGAGAUAUAUUUUGUAUGCGCUAUUAGGGGCACAUGAGCUGAUGGAACACUGCUGGGUUAUGGAUGUUAUUGUGUCUAUGAUUUGAUAUUACGGUUCUAUCACUCAGGUGGAUUCUUCUCUUGUAAUUUGUGAAAAGAAAAGAAAAACAUUAUUUCAUAUGCAGGUCAGUAAAAAGUACAAAUUGGGAUGCAGUUGGAAUAUCCCAUUAUUUUUGAACUUACAUAGAGUUGACCUCAAUUUGUCCCACUUCAAUGUACAGAGUUAGGUUUUCAUUUUAUACUAGUGUGAAUGUAGUCACUGAAACAUCAUUGAUCAUACGUUGCUGUGUGGGACUACAGUAGGUGUGCCUCUCCUCCUGUGUGUGUGUGUGUGUGCGUGUUUGUGCAUCUUAUAAGAGGGGACACACACACACACACACACACACACACACAAGUAAAUAUAGAGACAGGACAACACGAGCUUAGCUCAUAUCCCGUAUACCACAAGUAGGUAAACACACACACACACACACACACACACACACACAC